AUGUCUAGCUCUCUCGACCAGCUCAAGGCCUCUGGCACCGUUGUCGUCUGCGACUCUGGUGACUUCGCUACCAUUGACAAGUACAAGCCUCAGGAUGCCACCACCAACCCUUCCCUGAUCCUGGCAGCCUCCAAGAAGGCCGAGUAUGCCAAGCUUAUUGACAACGCUGUCACCUACGGAAAGGAGCACGCCGAUGGCAAGAACAUCGACGACCAAGUUGAUGCCGUCCUCGACGCUCUCCUUGUCCAGUUCGGCAAGGAGAUCCUCAAGAUCGUUCCCGGCAAGGUCUCCACCGAGGUUGACGCCAGAUUCUCCUUCGACACUGAGGCCAGUGUCAAGAAGGCCCUCCGUAUCAUCGAGGAGGCCGGUAUCGAGAAGGACCGUAUCCUCAUCAAGAUUGCCUCGACCUACGAGGGUAUCAAGGCCGCCCACAUCCUGCAGUCCAAGUACGACAUCAACACCAACUUGACUUUGAUGUUCUCGCCUGUCCAGGCCAUCGCUGCCGCUGAGGCCGGUGCUUUCCUUAUCUCUCCCUUCGUUGGCCGUAUCCUUGACUGGUACAAGGCCACCCACAAGAAGGAGUACAAGAAGGAGGAGGACCCCGGUGUCAAGUCCGUUGUCGAGAUCUACAACUACUACAAGAAGUUCGGCUACAAGACCAUCGUCAUGGGUGCUUCCUUCAGAAACGUUGGUGAGAUCACCGAGCUCGCUGGCUGCGACUACCUCACUAUCUCGCCCAACCUCCUGGAGGAGAUGUACAACAGCAAGGACGAGGUUCCCCAGAAGCUCAACGCCUCCGAUGCUACCAAGCUCGACAUCGAGAAGAAGUCGUACCUCCACGACGAGCCCCUGUUCCGCUUCGACUUCAACGAGGACCCCAUGGCCGUCCACAAGCUCAGCGAGGGUAUCAGCAAGUUCGCUGCCGACGCCGUCACCCUUAAGGACAUCCUCAAGGAGAAGCUCCAGAAGGCUUAA